AUGUCAUCUGCUUAUACCUUCCUGGUUCUCGGUGCGACAGGUGGAACCGGUAAACAUUUCGUCUCUAUUGCCUUGAGAGAAGGUCACAAAGUGCGAGUACUAGUGCGUUCUCCCGAGAAGCUAGGUGAUCAAGCCGACAAGGUCGAAGUGUGGAAAGGGUCCAUCGUCGACGAUCUGGAGACAAUUGAUACAGAUAAAUUGGCAGAAGGAGUUGACUUUGUCGCUUCGAUGCUAGGUGAUAAAGAAGCACAAAGGUACUCAAAGAUCAACCUUGCAUUCAUGGAGAAGCUCGUGCCGUCUAUGAAGAAACAAGGUGUAAAGAGGUUUUUGUAUCAAGCUGGAGGGUUCAGCAGACCAUACGGAGGUUCAUUAUCACCUGUUCUAUGGAUCAUGCGAAAUACCAUUGCCAGGGGAUUCAACGGUCAACAUUUAGAUAACGAAGCUGUCAUGGAAUAUCUAGCGACACAAGCGAACGACCUGGAUUGGAUCGUUCAUAGAGCAGGAAUUUACUCGGAUGGCCCCUCCAAGGGAGUUUUAGAAAGAUCACAAUCGAAAAUCAGUAUCGCGCCGUUUGUAGAUUGCGCAGAUUAUAGCUAUCGUCUCCUCAUUGACCCAUCCAGAGAUGCUGUUCAUACAAGCGACUUUAGUUGCUACAAAUCUUAG